GAAGCAGACAGUGCAGAUAUGGAGCCCGGCACAGAGAUGGAUCAGGACGACAUCCCUUCGGAUGCGGAAGCCGAGGCUCGUUUGCACCAGUCGGAGCACGAAGAAGCGCUUCCCGAGGAAGACAGGAAAUCGGAAAGCUUGGCAACAGCUUCCAGCAUCGAACCAUCCAGCAUCAGCCUGCUGCAGAAGGACGAUAUCGUUCUUUUUCCGCUUAAACCGUCCCCAGAACCUGAAACCCAGAUAAGUCCAGUAAAAUCUCCUGGUCUCCGCUUUUUUCCUGAUCCUUUCAUACCUGAGGAAACAAAGCCAGAAAAGACGACUCCAUCUCCAACUUCCAGGAGCCCACCGUGCCCUUCACCUGCUCCUGUCCAGCAGUUGUCUCCUGUUCCCUCACCUACUAAUGCUGCUGCUUCUACACCAGUUAAAACCCCAACGUCUGCUUCAUCUCCUCCUCUUUCACCCACCAAACCACCUGCUGCCUCUCCACUACAGCCACCCAGUCAGUCACCUCUCAAGUCACCAGUGACCUCACCAAUUUGCUCGCAGCCUACACCCCUGCCCGAAACUGAAGGACCUAAAUCUCCCGUCUUUCCUCACCGCUCAAUUUGCCCUCUCACAGGAAACCCCCUCUCCCCGAUCUGCGCCCAGCCGUUGCCCUGCCACGAACCCUCGACGCCCCUCACCUCCGAUUCUCCCGUCAGAACUCAGCCCGUCCCUGCAGUCACUUCAACGCCCUUGGCUAAAACCAACACGGCCACGCCAGAGCCUUCAAAUACCUCAACAGAAGAGACGCCGUCUAAAAAGACAGAUAUCAUUGAGGAGUUCUGGUUGAAGAGCGCUGAGAUAAGAAAGAGCCUCGGUCUGUCUCCUUUGGACCGCAGCAGUAAAAUCUUAGAAAGGAGUGUCGUUAAGACUCCAACUCAGGACUCCAACUUCGCUAAGACACAAACGCCAGACGUGUCCGGGGAACAGAAGCCUGCCUUCACUGGCCGGGCUGUCAUUCGCAGACUCAAUAUCACCCUCGAGGGUCAGGUCAUCACUCCUAUCGCUCCUGUUGAGCCCAAGAGCGAUGGCUCCGAUAAAAGAGACAUCAGCAGCAGCUCAGGCUUGGGCUUGAAUGGAAGUGUGGCCACGAGCCAGACGGUAAACAGUGACAGCUAUAACACGUCCGACUCGGCUAUGCUGACGCCACCUUCCAGUCCACCACCACCCGUGCCUGCUAAUCAGUCUCCAGCCGUGCUCAGGCAGCAGAGACACCAGGUGUCCUGGACCAACGGAACAGAAAAACCUCCUGAGCAUGCCAAAGAGCCAGCAAAAGCCACUACACCUGUUCCUGCACCCAGGACCCAGCUGAGCCCCGUAUCUGUGCCCAAACCAGCACCCAGGAAGGUCUCCUCACCUCAGGCAGCUCCAGAAACACCCCCGGUGGUCGUGAUGAGGGAGAAGAAGAGGGAGAAGCCACGGCCGCAGGAGACGAGGAAGUCGUUUGUGGAGACGGUGGAGGAGAUUCCUUUCGCUGACGAUGUGGAGGAGAGCUACGACGACCGGACACCAGACGCAAGCAUGAACAGGUAUUACACUCCGCCCACGAGCAAGCCGAGCAGGGAAAAACCUCCCCUUCAUUUGGCGCUAGCAAUGGAAAACGGUAAACCCAAUAUCCCAGUCAACCCAGUCUCUAAGACCCAGAGGGCAACUCAGUUCUCUCCAGAAGCCAGGGAGAUUGCAGAGGAGAGGAUAAGGGCCAGAGAAAAAUCUGUCAAGAGCCCGGCUCUAAAAGAAGCUAUGGCCAAACAGUUGAGCAAAAUGAAAGAGUCCGAUGGGGAAAAGGGCGCCUCACCUAAAGUGGCCUGGAAUGUAACACCAGACGCUGUUGGAAAAAGUAAAAAGUCAUCUCCAAAGACAUCAGCUGUGAAAGCUUUAGAGUCAAAGAAGUCCGAGGCCCUGUCGGAGCGUUUCUUUAGCAGCAACAAGAGCCUGGACAGCUCGGUGGCUUCGUCAGACGGCUCCUCUACAAGUAAAAGUAAGAAACGAAGCUCCCUCUUCUCACCGCGGAAAAACAAGAAGGAGAAAAAAGCCAAGAACGACAGCAGCAGGCUCUCGGGCGCAGACGAGACGCCUCCGAAACACAAGUCUCUGUGGAAGGCCGUCUUCUCAGGGUACAAGAAGGACAAGAAGAAGAAGGACGAUAAGUCGUGCCCGAGUACACCGUCGUCCAGCUCCACUACUCAGGACUCUGGAAAGAGAAGGACGUCACCUCCUGGAAGAUCUUCGGUAGACGUGAAAACGCGGAGAAACCUGAGUUUCUCCGAAGAUUCCGACCUGUCCUGUGACGACGUUCUGGAGAGAUCCUCCCAGAAGUCCAAAGCAGAUAAAACCUACACGGAGGAAGAGCUUAAUGCCAAGCUGACGCGUAGAGUCCAAAAAGCUGCACGACGACAGGCCAAGCAGGAGGAACUGAAGCGGCUCCACAGAGCCCAGAUCAUCCAGAGGCAGUUGGAGCAGGUGGAGGAGAAGCAGAGGCAGCUGGAAGAGAGGGGCGUAGCUGUGGAGAAAGCUUUGAGAGGAGAAGCAGGAUUGUAUAAAGGUACUUGUACAUUACCCAAACAGCACAAAAGAAGAUCAGACUAUUGGGGAGAUUCUAAUUACAGUGAAAUCCUGGACUUGCAUCUGGGCGGUAUGGGUAAGAAAGACGAUCCGAAACUAAUGCAAGAGUGGUUCAAGCUGGUGCAGGAGAAAAAUGCCCUAGUCCGCUACGAGUCCGAACUCAUGAUAUUUGCCAGAGAGUUGGAGCUGGAGGACAGACAGAGCCGACUGCAGCAGGAACUCAGGGAACGGAUGGCCGUGGAAGACCACCUGAAAUCUGAGAAGGAACUAGCUGAGGAGAAGCAGAUCCUGAAUGAGAUGUUGGAAGUGGUGGAGCAACGAGAUGCCUUGGUCGCCCUCCUGGAGGAGCAGAGACUUCGAGAGAAGGAGGAAGACAAGGACCUGGAGGCUGUUAUGCUCUCGAAAGGCUUUAACCUCAACUGGGCUUGAUGCGAGGGAAAUCAUUUCACGUCAAGUUUUCGACCGCUCGUAGGCGGUCUCGGUCUCACGUGGGCGUCUUUGAUGUGGAGAUAUCUGCUGAACUUUGACACAGGCUUUUGGCCUAAAACUGUCACACCUAGAGCAGCGAAUGUGUGAAGAACCCCAACAACAUGAUAUGUACACGACGGCUGCCUGUGAUGUUGGAGCAGUCUGCAGCGUUUACAUAUCCUCUGCCCGAAGGCAGUACAUGUUAAUCACUUUGCAGUUAUGUUUGCUGUCUCGGUCUGUGGGUGGAGACGUGGUGUGUAUAUUCACAACUUUAACAUCUCAACCUUGAAAAUUGUGGCGGGGGGUUAGGAGAGCGUUUAAAGACUUUGUUAUCGACUAUUUAAAGGGAAGAAUGCAGUUUGGUCCUGCUGAUGUACAGGAGUUGUAAAAACAAAAAUUAGGGGGGGAGGGGUGUAAUCGAGUCCCAUUAUCAGUAGAUGAGGGUCCUCGUCUUAGUGCUGCAGAGGUGUGUUUUAAAUGUCAGAGCAAGGUCUCCUAGCUCGCUCUUUUCAGUCCGACUGUAGAACGGACUCUGCUGAAGCUGCCUUUUUUCUCCCUAGUGACAAACUCACAUCAGCAUCCUUCAGAAACCACAAAUACAUCAUAAAAUGCUCCAGGGUUGUUGUUGUUGUUUUCUUUCCUUUUCCCCUGCAGAGUCUGUCACCACUAUGAAUCCAUUAAAUAUGUCCACGUUUAUGUAUUUAUUAUCAUGUUUUGCUUUUAACAGUUAAAAAAAAUGGUUUUCAUUUUAUUUGUAUUCACAGGAGAGUGCCCAGAAUCUCAUUAUCUCGCAUAUCUCUCUUGUAUCUCGCAUACAUGCCACUGCAUGUCAGGAAUUAUGGCUUCAGGCACAUAGAAGACUUGGAUGCAAAUAUUUAAGCAUUUCACAUGAGUUGAUGAUGAUGACGGGCCUCUCUGUGAGCUCUCAUUGGCUGCGUAUCACACUGACCGUUAACGUUUACAAGUAUUUGUUCACAUUUUGGUUCCUGCUUUGCUAAACAGUAGAAACAAUCCUCGGGAUAGACUGUAUUAACAAUGGGAUGUUACUAACGACCUGAUGUUACUGUUGUUAGUAUGGGAGGACUUUCUGUGGGGAAGAGAGAACACUACACAACUAUAUACUGCAGUGUUAAUACUUUAGCUUUGAAAAAGAUGCCUUUUCAUUUCCAUUCUAUAAACUUAAGUUAUUUUUUUUGUUGUUUAGAUUUUUUUUUGAGGUAUCCAAUAAUCACAUCUGUGUUUUCCACUGGAGCUCUUUUUUUAAAACAACACUUUUCUACAGCAGGUCCCCAAACUACACAUAAAUGGGACCCUAAAGAACUGCACAAGCUACAUUGAAUGAGAAUAUUGGUUUGGUUUAUCCGUUGGACAUCCUUGGUGGACUCGUAGGCCUCUUUGCCAACUGUACAAAUCCAGGUGGGCACUGUUUUACAGUGUAGAAAUGUCAGAGGCUAUAUUUAUGACUUGUUUGGAGCUGUGAAUAUUACACAAUUUUAUGGGUUGUCGUUUUAGAUUGUGUGUUCCAAGGUUGACAUGAUUGUAUUGAUAUUUAUUAACCUGUGCAAAUUGUAUCAUAUGUAAAGAAAGCGAAUCCUAAUUUUUAAACUACUCUGUCGACAAACGACUUGUAAUGUAAAUGCUUCAUGUAGCUAAAAUUCAUAGGGGUGUUGGAUGUAUGCUGAAAACGGCAAUAAACGAUGCAGUUCUUUUA